GCCCGGCCGGGGCGGGGCCGGGAUGGCGGCGGCGCUGGUGAAGGACCGGGCGGCGGCGGCGGGAGCGGGGCGGCACGACCGUGCCGUGCCCUACCUGGGGCAGGAUUUCGGGGCGCUGCGGCAGCAGUGCCUACAGGAGGGGCGGCUCUUCCAGGACCCCUCCUUUCUCGCCGGCCCCGCCGCCCUCGGCUACCGAGAGCUGGGACCCAGCUCCUACAAGACGCAGGGCAUCGUCUGGCGCAGACCCACGGAGCUGUGUUCCAGUCCUCAGUUCAUAGCCAGUGGAGCCACUCGCACAGACAUCUGCCAAGGGGCCUUAGGAGACUGUUGGCUCUUGGCUGCUAUUGCCUCUCUUACCCUAAAUGAAGAAAUUCUGGCCCGUGUUGUUCCCAAAGACCAGAGCUUCCAGGAUAAAUACGCAGGAAUUUUCCAUUUCCAGUUCUGGCAGUAUGGAGAGUGGGUGGAUGUUGUGGUGGACGACAGGCUUCCCACCAAGAACGGGGAGCUGCUCUUCGUACACUCGGCGGAGGGCAGUGAGUUCUGGAGUGCACUGCUGGAGAAGGCAUAUGCCAAGCUGAACGGUUCGUAUGAGUCUCUCUCUGGUGGCACCACCACUGAAGGCUUUGAGGACUUCACCGGUGGAAUUGCAGAAUGGUAUGAGCUACAGAAGGCACCACCCAACCUCUUCAAAAUCAUUCAGAAGGCACUUCAGAAGGGCUCUCUCCUUGGCUGCUCCAUUGAUAUCACCAGUGCAGCGGAGACAGAGGCAGUCACCUCCCAGAAGCUGGUGAAGGGACACGCGUACUCAGUCACUGGGGCAGAGGAGGUGAACUUCCGAGGAACAGUGCAGAAGCUGAUCAGAGUCAGAAAUCCCUGGGGGGAAGUGGAGUGGACUGGAAAGUGGAACGACAACUGCCCGAACUGGAGCAGCAUUGACCCUGAGGUGCGGGAGCGGCUGACCAAGAGACACGAAGAUGGGGAAUUUUGGAUGGCAUUCAAUGACUUCUUGAGACAUUACUCCCGCCUAGAGAUCUGCAACUUGACUCCAGACACCCUGGCAAGUGACAGGUACAAGAAGUGGAGCCUGGUGAAGCUGGAUGGGAACUGGAGGCGAGGAGCCACUGCAGGGGGCUGCAGGAAUUACCCGAACACUUUCUGGACAAACCCACAGUACUUAAUUAAACUGGAGGAAGAAGACGAGGAUCCCGAUGAUCCUGAGAGGGGCUGCACUUUCAUCGUUGGCCUGAUUCAGAAGCACCGGCGGAAGCAGAGAAAGAUGGGGGAAGACAUGCACACCAUUGGCUUUGCGAUUUAUGAGGUGCCCCCAGAGUUUUCUGGCCAGACAAAUGUACAUCUGAGCAAAAAUUUUUUCCUGACCAACAAAGCAAGGGAAAGAUCGAAUACCUUCAUCAACCUCCGAGAAGUGCUGAACCGGUUCAAGCUUCCUGCGGGAGAAUAUAUCAUUGUGCCUUCUACCUUUGAACCCAACAAGAAUGGCGAUUUCUGUCUGCGAGUCUUCUCUGAAAAGAAUGCAAACUCCACGGUUAUAGAUGAUGAAAUUGAGGCCAAUUUUGAAGAGACCGAGAUCAGUGAAGAUGAUAUUGAACCCAGCUUUAAAAAGCUUUUUGGACAGCUAGCAGGAAGUGAUGCGGAGAUCUCUGCCUUUGAACUGCGCAACAUCUUGAAUAAAGUCCUAGCUAAACGCCAAGAUAUUAAAUCUGAUGGUUUUAGUAUUGAGACAUGCAAAAUAAUGGUUGACCUGUUAGAUAAUGAUGGGAGUGGUAAACUGGGACUGAAGGAAUUCCACACCCUCUGGACAAAGAUUCAGAAAUACCAGAAAAUUUACAGGGAAAUUGAUGUGGAUCGAUCUGGUACCAUGAAUUCAUAUGAGAUGAGGAGAGCACUGGAAACAGCAGGGUUCAAAUUGAACUGCCAGUUACAUCAAAUCAUUGUGGCUCGUUUUGCUGAUGAAGACCUCAUCAUUGACUUUGAUAACUUUGUCCGGUGUCUAAUUCGGCUGGAAACCUUGUUCAAAAUGUUUAGAAAACUGGAUAGUGAAAACACUGGAACAAUAGAAUUGAAUCUUGUUAAUUGGCUGUGCUUUACUGUCAUUUGAGCAAAUGAUGUCAGCUCAAGCCGCCUCAAAAAGAGCAAGAUCAGGUGAAGAUAACCAAGCAAACACAGUAGUAGUAUCCCAACAGCAAUGUGCCUUAACUUAUGCAUGACAAAUUUUGCCUGCGGCUAUCAGGAGGAAAGCAUCGUACUUCAACAAUAGAAGACUCUGCAACCUCAUUUGAUGGAUCUGACCAUAUCUAAUACUAUAUAUACACCCUGUACAAAAGCUUUAAUUGAGUAACUUCUGAAUAUACUGCUUUACUAAUAUCUUUGUAUUUAAGGCAGUUUACAUGGCUUCUGGAAGAAAGCUCAUUAUAGCUUGACAGUCUGGUUUAAUAAGCAUGUUUUCAGUAACAGCUCCACUCCACCCUCUAUCCAAAACUAGAAAGGGGAUGGUAUUGCUUAUUUCUGAAUAAGCAAUGUCGAGGUGUUGAGGUAAGACAUGGGUCCCUUGUGCUUUCUUUCAAGCCCCACUACUAUUCCAGUUAAAUAUUCCUCAAAGAGUUCCAAUAGCAAGUACAAGUUUGACCAAUCUGGACAAGUCUUUUCCUCCUGACCAUUGAUGGCCUCAAGCUGUGCCAGGGAAGGUCGAGACUGGACAUGAGGAAAAAUUUCUUCAGCAAAAGGGUUCCCAGGAACUGCCACAGCCUGCCAGGGGGUGGUUGAGUCCCCAUCGCUGGAGGUGUUUAAAAGACAGGUGGAUGAAGUGCUUAGGGACAUGAUUUAAUAGUGGAAGGGACCUCAAACGUCUUUUCCAGCCUAGGGAUUCUAUGAUGUGCCUCUAGCAGGAGGCUUUUAGCAACCAGACUGUUCGGAGAGAAAGCCCCUGCUCACAGGCAGAAUCUUGAUUUCCCGUUAAUCUUAUUUAUCUUCCUUUGAAAUACAAGAAGGUAUUUUAAUAAAAGCAGUAGAAAAAAAGUUUCCAAGACUUGUUAUUUGCACAAAGAAUAAAGCACAUUAUUUCUUAGAGAUCAAUCGCCUUAGAGGAAGCAUAGUCUGUUUCUGACACCAGAAGCUGUGUAUGGUGCCUUUUAAAGAGGAAAAAUGUCAUUCUGGAGCUGACUAGGCCCUGAUGCGCUGGCUGUGUGUCACUCAAUGAAAUGCUUGAGAGCCUGAUACUUUAUCUGAUGCUUUAAAAAAUUAAUGCUUGAAAAACUAAGGGUUUCCAAGAACAGUAACUGAUAUUGUAUACCCCAUACCCAACCAAUUAAAAUUAUGAGGCUGUGUACAUGAGCAGAUCGCUGCUUCCAGGAGUUCUCACUAUUGCUGACUUAAGUUUACCCACCUGAGAAAUU